AUGAGCGCGAAGCGGCUGCGAGAGCGGCAAUCAGGAACGCAACGGUCUGCGUCUCCGCUGUCUAAAAGAUCAAAGACGUCUCACGUGCCUGUCAAGAAGAAGGGACUGGAGGAUCUGGUGAAUGACAACACGAGGCAAGGGGAAGGCCUCGAGGCCAAGCUCACAAAUGGCGUUUCGCGGGCAAGAGCAUCGGCGGUGGACGAGUCAGGUGCGGUCGUGGCACAGCAUAGCCCGGACUCUGGUAGUGAAGGAGACAGCGACGAUGUGGAGGGAGUGAACGAGGAGCGGGAUGAGGCACGGCCCAAUGCAACAGCGGGCCAGAAGUCAAGACCAAUGCCGCCGAGAAAGAGAGGGGAGAGGGAGAUUUCACGGGCGACAGGGAAACCAGAAGCAGAAAUCAUCGACAUAUCGAGUGCAGAAGAAUCGUCCAGCGAACUGCCCGAAGACGACGCCGAGGAUGGAGAUGGUUCUCAGGCCGCGAAACUCGACAAGCCUCUGGUCAACGGCCACAACUCCCAUUCUCAAAAUGAACUGGUGCCCACCAACAUCGACGAUGGAGAUGCAGAUAUGCCAGACGCAGAAGAGAAGGCCGACCAAGCCCAUGAACCCACAUUUGGAGACCUUCUCCAGGCGCGACAUCCUGCGCCUAUCGAUGUCCAAAUGUCACUUGGUGACGCGGGUUUCCACUCGCGCAGCCUCGUGCCCGCCUCUGGAAGUCAGACCAUCCCGGUGGGACAUUCGCUAGGAACUUUGCUGUCGCAGGCCCUUAGGAACAACGACAAAGACUCGCUGGAGACAUGCUUCGCUCUGGGCGAUACGCAAACCAUACGCGCUACCAUACAACGCCAACGGUCCCAAGAGAUUGUUGUACUACUAGACCGCAUUGCCGAACGGAUACAUAGGCGUCCAGGAAGAGCUGGAAAUUUGAUGGUAUGGAUUCAGCUGUCGCUGGUUGCGCAUGGAGGAUACCUCGCAAAUCAACCUGAAUUAAUGAAGAAGCUCAAGGCUCUCUACCAAGUCAUCAGAGAGCGCGCUAGCGGCCUGCAACCGCUUCUGCAUCUGAAAGGCAAGCUGGACCUUCUCAGCGCCCAGCUGGACGGCAGACGAACCCUGCAAGCAGAGACCCAGCAAGUCAACAUGGAUAAUCUGGACGAUCCGUCCGGGGUAAUCUACGUGGAAGGACAAGAAGAAGCCUUCUCCGAUACCGAUGAUGAAGCAGAUGCAGCGGCACAUAACAAUCAAUCACCGAAGCGGAAGGGGAGCCAUCAGCGCGGGAAGGAUCAUCAAAGCGAGGACGAGGAUAUGAACAUUGGUAUGCCGAAUGGUGUUCAUGAGGGCGAUGAAGACACUUCGGGCGAUGAGGAGGACAAUGUGGGCAAUGACCUUGUCGAUGACGAGGCUGAGGAAGGUUCUGAAGACGAUGAAGAGCAAUCGGAAGACGAGGAUGACGAAGUUGAUGGAGAUACGUCUGAAGACGAAAGCGACGACGACUCGAAUGCAAAUCCACCAGCAAAGGCGAGCAACUUGGUCCGAAAGCGAUAA